AGUCCAUCGCCCCGGUCGCAGAGCUAGGAGCGCGGGAAGCCAGUGCCACCACCCAUCAGUGCUAGUGUCGGAGUGUUGUGGAGUGCCUCAUCAUUAUUUUCGUUUUACAAGCCUACUGACACAGGAUUUCAUCAAUAUCAACUAUACCAGAAGUAAUGGUGUCGGUGUCGACCUGGGGCACUGCUGAAGUUAGUGACUGGCUAACAAGAAUAGGACUACACAACUAUGUUCAAGUUUUUAUAGACAAUGAAAUGGAAGGGCAAGACAUUAUAGACAUCAACGAGAAGAUGAUAGGGAAGCUGAUUCCUCCAGUGGGAAAACAACUUCUCUUCUUUCGGGAGCAGGCUACUUUGAAGGACCCAACUAGUCUUUCAGUGCUGGAUACCCAACCUAAAGGUGGAAGAACGUCACAGCCAACUCAUGACGCAGUGGAAGCAAGAGCAAGUACUCCAGUGAGCAGUAUAUGUGGAGAGCCAUCGUUAUCAUCUCUAACAGACACUUUACUGUCUGAUGAGGAGGAAGUCUCUCAGCCACCUUCCACAGUUAUCAAUGACGAGACCUCUGGUGACCUUUGGAAUGAUUUGCAGAAUUACAAACUGCCUCUUUUUCCGCCAUGCGUAAAGACCCUCUUACAAACAAGAAAAAGUCCACAAGAUUACCUGCCUGGAACUUCAAACAGAAGAAGAAUCAUUGAGGUCCUUACAUGUGACCUACAAAAGAGGAAUAUCCUGACACCUUCAAAACAGGGAUACACCAACCUACUAGAUGCCCUGUUUAGUGAAUAUCCACACAUUGGAGACCCAAAAUGUUGGAGGAUGUCCCUUCGUACCAAGAUGAAAAACAUUCGAGUGCCACUAACAUCACACAACACUGUGAAAAUUCUUAAAGAAAAAUUUGGCUGUCCAGUAACAGGAGGUCGGAAAAGUACGGCAUUGUCAGAAAAGGAAGAAGUUCAACCACGCAAGAAAAGGCAAAAGCUCAAGGUUGAUUUGGAGGGACAUGAAGAUGAUGAGGUGACUACACGCGCCCACAUAGAUGCACUGAAUGCAGAAUUGAGAAAAGGGUCACCUGAUCUUGCAGUGAUUGCUGUAAAAAUGGACAGAACAUUUGUCUACCGUUGGAAAAGGAUCAACGAUCAACGUUUGUCAGUGGCUGACAUCAUCUCAGAGUUUCCAGCCCUGAGGCGAAGAAAUUUUCUUGCAGGGGAAGCUGAACGACAUGGUAUUUUGAAGCCCCUUGAAAACUCUUACCUCCAACUCCAUACAUCACUACUUGAGUUGAUGAAGUAUACCAAGUCCCGUUGCAAAGGUUACAAAGAGUACUUCUCAAAAUACCAAGAGGACUUGGACAGCAGUCUGAAUGAAGAUAAAAGAAUCGAAUGUGGCCUGCAGUUUGCUGUGCAACUUCUGCCAUCGCUUUUUAGAGAGGAUGCGACGUAUCUACUCGCUGAUUCGAAUGAGAAUAUCAAAUCUCCAGCUCCAGUUCUUACCUGUGAAGGAGGCGAAUACCAGCUUCACAUCAACGGGGCACCUCUUCUGGCAACAAAAUCAUCAAAGUUUACAAAUGCUUUGGAAGCUCUGUUUCAGUCAUAUUGGUUUCAUGAGCCUGGCGGUACGCAGUUUGCCAAGGCUUCUGCACCGUCAACAUGA